UUACGAGACAGAUAGAGGAAACCAGCUAACGCCCGAGUUAAGCCAAAAAUCUGAUGUGACGCGACCGAACGGAAGACGGGUAGGGAUGACUCACCUGUGAUUGCCAGUGGUAAUCCAUCAAACAGAAGACUUGGAUUAACAUAUCAGCUAUGAGUCGAGCCAUGAAUCCCAGUACGGAUCUUCCUUUGAUGGCCAACAGUGACGUCAUCAGGGUGCGUCACUACGUUUUGGACCUUGCCGUCCAUUUUGAGAUGCAUACCUUCUCUGGUAGUGUCACACUAUUCCUGGAGCAACCUCAAGACAAGCGGGAAGGUGAAAGCAUUUCUGGACGUCGAAAUGGCCGCUUGGACAGCAAAGGAAGCUACGCCACCGAUUCCAAGGGUAAUUUUGUUUUGAUCCUUGACAGCUGUGACAUCACUGUGGAGUCAGCACAUGAGAUCAUAUCCAACAAAUCUUCAAGGAAAGAUUCCUCCUCGUCACAGAGUACAGGCCGGAAGGACAGACGCCUGUCGUCCACCUCCGGUAACUUGGAAGCAACUCAGAACUCCUCCCGAGUCAGUCCAGAGAAUGGAGACUAUCAGGAGGAUGGUUCCUCAAGUCGUCUGGGCCAGGCUUUGCAGUUCAGCAUGGAGCCUUGGUGCCUGAAGGUCUGGAAAGAAGGAGUUAGAAGUCCUGAGGAUUUCCCCGGAGCCGUCUUAAUCAAAUAUAGCACCAAGUCACAAGGGAGAUCACUGAUGUGGGCUUAUGACCAGGCCGGCAAUGAGUGUGUCUUCACACCUGGAGCCUGGAUUAAUAAUCGGUCCUUGUUUCCUUGCCAAGAGCCGCCGGGAGCCUUGGCCACAUGGCAAGCUAAGAUCAGAACACCCAAAGAGUUUGUUGUCCUGAUGAGUGGCGAUGACGAAGCAAUCACAUCACCAGAACAAAAUGGUCUGGUGUCACACCGAUAUCAAAGCACCUCAAUGCCUAUGCCCUGUUCUGUCUUAGCACUAGCGAUUGGUCAGUGGAAAUCAGUGAACAUUCCCCAAGUGCAAGGUCAACCUCCAGCCAACACAGGAGAUAGCUCGCCAUCCACACUUCCUUCCCGUCUGUUUGCUCCAGCCUCUAUCCUUCAUUUUGUUGAGGCAGAGUUUGCUCGCCUCCUCCCUAGAUACCUUGCUACCAGUUAUGAGGUCUUGGGUGCACAUCCCUUCCGUAGAUUGGAUGUCUUAGUUCUGCCCAAGUGCUUCGCCAGUCUUGGCCUCGCCAGCCCAAGCCUCAUCUUUGUCUCACAAACCUUACUGCCUGGUGAUCACAGCUUCUGUCCCCGCCUUGCCCAUGAGAUCACCCAUGCCUGGUUUGGUCUCUUGAUUGGAGCUGAGGAUUGGACGGAGGAAUGGCUGAGUGAAGGUUUUGCAACCUUCCUUGAGGAUCCCAUACAUGGCUUAGCCGAGAAGCUCUCAGAGAAACAAUUCAAGGAUUGGUCCAACUUGAAAGCUCUGAUCCGCUUCAAGGUGCUACAGCAAGAAGUGAGGAAUACAUCAGCAGACUUGCAGAUCAUGCGACCUAUGGCUGGUGAUAGCACAAUGAAUCAUGCUGGAACAGGGACGAACAAACCGGCUUAUGUCAAGAAUGGAAUGAAUCAAGAUAAAUGGUUCCAACAGGUUCAUUACCUGAAGGGGUACUUCUUGCUUCAGCAUCUUUCACUCAAAGUGGGAUCAUCCCAGUUACUGCGAUUCAUCAGAUCUUACGUGAACAGGUUCAGAGGUCAACUGGUUCUUACGCAGCAGUUCAUCAACAUGCUGUUUGAGACAUUCCCACAACUGCAGGAUAAUGGGUUGAGCCCGGAGGUUGUGAGUUCCGAGUGGCUGGAUUGCGCUGGCAUGCCAUCAGCUCUCCGACCAGAGACUUUCAGUUGGGAUAACAACCUAGUACAACAGGUGGAAGCAGAGUGCAAUAGGUGGUUGGCUGUUGACAAGGCCAACAGGCAUGGAGGCAAGCCCCAGAAACGCAAACACACGGGGGCGCUCUUGGCUAAACUGACAGAUCCCAGCAAUCAGAACUGGGCCAAGCUGAGCCCAGACCAGCUGGUAUUACUCAUGGAGGUACUCAUCGAGAGCGGUCACCGACUGACCGCUAAGACCAUGCAACAGCUGAAGGAGACUUAUGGACUCGUCAAGCAGAAUGCCGAGGUGCGACAUCGCUGGUGUGAAAUGGUCAUCAGAAACCGCUAUGUGGAUGGCUAUGGUGAUAUCAGGAUAUUUCUACUAGAAGAACAGUCAAUGGGCGUGUACUUGUACGGUGAGCUGAUUGCUACGCGGGACCCUGUCCAAAGACUGGUAGCAGAAGCAUGCCUUCAAGCUGUCGAAGAUGAGAUGGACCCAGGCUGCCUUGUCAAGGUACAGAAAAUGUUCUUUGGUGAAACGUAAAGGCUUCUCAUCGAUGAUAUUUGUUACCAAUAAAGGGCAUUGUUCAAAUGCCAUUUUGGGGUGUAAACAUGAGAGAAAAACUACAAUUCUUAGAGCAGUAGUUAAUAUCUUCUGGUAAUGUUCAAGAUAUAUGUUGGCAUUUGGCUUGAUUUACAGCAGAUAUCGUUAAAGCUUUUUUUCAUCACAAAUAGCCAAGAUAGAUGAUUUUUUUGCAUGUUUACCCAUGAAUGUCAUGUACAUUGUACAGUGCUCAUAGCUCCAUUGCAAGUGUGGAUAGGUUACAGAGAUGAUUGUGUUGAGCUGUUAAGCUGUUUUGGAAUGACUUGAUUAAAGCCUGAUUGCUGACUAAAGAACUGCCUUAUUGGUGUGGCCAACCCUUGGAUCAGUUUGCUUUGCCAGUCAACUUGAAAUAAUCACAUUUCUUGAAAGCAGCUUAUUGAACUGGGAACCAGCCAACUGGCUAUUGAUUUGUAUUGCUUUGAGCUGGUUCACAGCUGUGUAUUUGCUCAGCAAAGGAAUUGGAUGAACAAACAGCAGGUUGUGGAAAAAAAUUGCUUUAGCUCGACCAGUAGGUGGGGAAGCUAAAAAAACAAAAUAUUUUGUACAUUUUCUGAUUGAAGUUGGCUGUUUGAACAGUUCCAUUUUUUUUGUAGGUUAUGAGCUCAAAAAUUGCAUACGUCAUCACAUCUCUUUCUUGCUUUCCCCCUUGGGUGAAGACACCAGUUUCAAAUUUUAUGUCAGAGAAUAUAAAUACAGAUGUCCAGUGGGUACUAUCUUCCAUCAUACAUACAUACAUACAUGUACAUGGAUUUACUGGAUUUUUGUCAUUAGGCUAAUGAAUUGCCAUCACACGUUCUGUAUGGAUAGCCAUGUCGGAAUUUCUUUGGCUUCAGUCACCUGUGAUACACAAGUCUUUGGCAGUAGUCACUUCCAAGUUCCAAAUGGCUUCCAUGUACAUGUAGGUGCAAUGGUGCAUGCUUUAUGUAUACCUGUAGCCGAGUCAUUCAGGCAUGGCGUUUGCUUAUGUUCAGACAGGAUGUCCACACUCAUGACAUGUUUUGUUGCAAGUGAAGUUGAAGCAGCACCUUCAGUUGGCAAAUAAACCCCCCAAAUGUUUUGAUUUCUGUGUAAAUAUAGUAGUGAUUAAUUUGUUCCGCAGCAUGAUGCAAUCAUGAGUUCCCGCUAAGUAUCAUGAAAGUUUGGUUUCCAAAUAUUAGAAGAGAAACAUUCCAUUUCUUGCAUUUAGUUUCAGCAUUACUUCUGAAGAUUUUUAGAAAAAAUUUCAAAAGAAGUGACUUUAAUGCUCGCAAUGGAUUUUGGAUGGUUUUCGGGGUAUUUCCUUGUUCCUAUUUUUUGAAGUGACUAUGGAGAAAUGACAUUGUGCAACUAAAUUGUCUGGGUUUGAAAAUCCAACAGCAAAAGUAGACAAUUCAAUGCGAUUGAAAGCAGCUAUGUUGGAGAAUUAGGACGUGUAUAUUGUAGCUAACAUAUUCAUAGCUCGUUCAGAAGAAUUCAAUGUUUUUAAUUGAUUUUUAGACUCUGAUGUAAACAUUUACUUUCUCCUCUAUUUAUUCACAUAUCAGCUUUUUUUAAAUUCAGGGUUUGAGGAAGCCUGUUUUUAAUAUAAAUUUUAGGAUUUAUCAUUCUUGCAUGGGCACACAUGUUUUGAUUUUAACACAAAACAAAAGUAGUUUGGCUAAUGUCUCUUUAGACCAUGAGUGUGUUGUGUUUCCCUUAUGGAAUAGUAACAUUGCCAAUUAUUGGGUUGUGACUUAAAGUCAAAUUGUGAAAUGCCUGGAACAUCAUCAAACAAUUUAGGUAAAGCUCGAUUCUUAAUAGUAUAUAACUGAAAUAAUAUUGUGACUUGUGGACUUGUUGGGGAGGUUACCAACGUUUGGGGAAAGAUAAAGAGAUUUUCGUAUCAUCUUUUACAACAAAAUUAUCAAAAAUUUCUUUUUUAAAUUGUUAAUUUGAGUUUACUACGAGAAGGCCGGCAAAGGCUUACCUCCCACUUUAAAGUUGUCACCUACAGGUUAACUUUUAAAUGCAACGAGUACUUUCACAUAGAAUGGGAACCUCCUUCCCAGCCCCGCCCCCCCCAAAAAAGAGAACUAUGGUGACCAUUUUCAAUUCAGAAUGGAUACUGACAAGUGACAGAUAGCUUCUUUUUUUAACUGUGGGCUCGCAUUUGUAGCUAUGACACAAACUGUCAGACAACUGUCUUCCUUUGUAAAUAUGUAAAUAUAGAUAUCCAGAAGGAAUUGUAAAUAAGACCUGAUACCAAGUUUGACUGGUUUUGCAAAGAAGGACGUCUGGGUUUUUUUUUUGGUUUUUUUUUUCAGACUUUUACAUAGGAAAAAAGUGAAAUUGACAGACAAAUUUCUCAGCGAGAUUUGUAUUAAUAUCAAUGAUUUUAAAAGUAUUUAAAGCAGCUAAGAAUGAUAUAAGAAAUGUCUGUUUCAUCUACUGAAGUAUGCGUUCCAUUGUAGGAAAUGGUGUGACUCUGUGAUUGCUAGGUACGUCAGUUUUCCUGGAGCCAAUUUUUGUUGUACAUGUGUAAUUUGAAUGAAAGCUAGCACUUGGAGUAUUUGGCAGUGUAGUUGAUAGCUAUUGCAUUGAGUUUCCUCUGCUGAAAGCAUAGGUCUUACCAUAUCAUAUCACCGGAUUUUAGAAAUGGCCAGAAUACGUGCACCUUCUCUCCUUUUGGAGAGAAUCGUCAGAAAUACCUCCAUGAUCUGUAGAAUGCGGAAGACAUUUUCAGCGCCUAACUCUAAGUUGUCUGAAAAAAAAAAUCGGUAUCACCAUCCCCUCUUCUUGGUGAUUUGGUUUGGAAGGACCCUUGCAGUCUUGUUAUGUUUCAUGUUUAAUGCUACAUGUACAUGUAUCUUCUUUUUAAAUAAGUUACGUAUUUGAUAAAUUUAUGUUUUAGUGUCAGGGGUGUCUUGAAAAUUACUUAAUCAUUUUAAAAGCAGACGUACCCUAAGUUGCAAAAGCUGCUCUUUUCCAUUUCCACCAUUGAUUGUUAGUGUCAAUUCAUAAAGAAGAUUCUUGAGCCAAAAGGGUUGAUUCUCGACAGAUGUGCUGCAAGAGGCAGUCCUAUUUCAGUGGGCGUUUUGCAGCAGGCCCUUGAGGCUGCGCCUAUUGUGUACACCUAUCACUGACUCUUUCCAGGUCUUACAUAUACCUGUACAUGUACUUGAUAGGUUUCUUGGGAUCACAAGUGCUAGUUUUGCGACUUAAUGACUUUACCUUGGCUGUCCAGCUUCUUCAUGUAUAUGUUGACUCCAGAGCAAACUAAAUCGGAACCAAAUGUGUUCCUUUUUUCUCAAGUCAUUGAGACAUGCACCUACAUGCGUGUACACACAGAAGAGCAAGAUGGAAACAGUAUGAACUUUCAGUUCAGUAGGCAGAGCCAAAAACCCCAAGAGGUAUCAGUUGAAAUAAUACAUUUAUGAUGUGUUGUUCUUUUCUUCUCUGGUUUUAAGCCAGUUUGUUAAGUACAUGCUCAUGUGCCGUAAGUUUAACUAGUAGUAAACAUUAGUCAUAACCAGUUAACAUGACAGUUGUAGUUAUGGUAGAUGCGAGUUAAUUAAGUUCCAAGUUUAGAUUCUACUGCAUGUUUCGAAGUAUUUUUCUACGCUAGAUUAGCUCCCCCCAAUAUACAAGACAGAAAGUUUGCUUUUAAUAAUUGUCAGUUUUUAUUUUUUAAACCAGUGUAUAAAGUUUACAUAAAAGCGUUUUGUAAUAAUAUAAUAAUUUAAAGUAUUCAAUUUGCCAAAGGCAUCAGUAGUAAAUGAACGAAUGACAUAUGGAUGAAUGCAUCAAAUGUAAUAUGUAAACCAUUAUGCGACUUAUAUGUGUGAUGUGAUUGUUAGUAGGUUCAUUUGGAAAUAUAGAAAGGGUAUGUUAGUCCUUAAGUGAUUGUGCGCGAUCACCUCUGUACAUAGAGUCACUGGCUUUGUAACUGCAGUUGCGUUGCUUUUUAUGUUUUGUGUUGUCUUGAGACUCAUUAAAACGGUCAUUUAUCCUCCGAAAA